GUCGUUGUAAUUGUAUCGACCGAUUGAGAAACGUACCGAAUAAGAAGAGACAAAAAAUUAACCAGAACGCACGAAAGAAGACACGAGAAAAGAAGAAACAAAAAAUAGAUGAGCACAAAUGUGUGUUCGAUUUGUGUGGAGAGCAAGCGAAAUAGACAGAAAUCGUAUCAGAAUAAUUUCGUUGCGAUUCAUUUGGAACGGUCGUUGAUAAGGCGAAAUUGGCGGCGCAUAGUGGAACAUUGACGACGACGACGACGACGAGAUAAUUGUGUAAGGAAACAUGUAAAAUGAUGUUUAGACCGGCACGGUUUAUAUGUCAACUGACAGCAGUUUAUCAACUGACGUUCGCACUUGGCGCAAUGGAUACUUGAAGCCAUGAAAGUGUUAUGGACAAACAUGUACAGCAUCACAACCAUUAUUGCAUCCAUUCAAGUAUCGUAAGCGAAAGAUUUCGCUAUUGACCAGACACUACUAUCGGAUCGAUCAGUCAAAUCGGAAGUCAGUCGCAAUGGCAGCAGCCGCAUCGGCCGAGCAUCAAUCAAACCGAAAGUUUCAGUUCAAAAAAGCCUUAAUCGUCACGAAACUCUCACGCUACGAAUUUGAACAACACAAAAAUCCAAAACUGACCAAUUUCCAAUUGGAAAAAUUACUACGCGAUCGUGGCACGGACUAUGAUUUAUGGCUGCACUAUCAUCACAUUCACAAGGAUUUCGAGCGAAAGGUGGCCGAUAGUUUUAGAGAACAUGGUAUUGAUGUGAAAUUAGUGAACAGGGUGACGCUAUCGACAAAACAAACCGAAUGGGCUGAUAUUGUGGUACCGAUCGGUGGCGAUGGAACAUUUUUGUUGACGGCUAGCCGAGCAUGUCCGAUAUUCUGCAAUACUAAACCGAUUAUCGGAUUUAAUUCCGAUCCAGAUCGUUCGGAAGGCCGUUUAAUGCUCUCCAAACGAUAUUCACACGAGCCAAAUGAAGCUGUACGGAAAUUAAUUCAGGGUGAAUUUGAAUGGCUCUACCGAACUCGUAUUCGAAUCACGAUGCUUGGUCAAAACGGUAAUUUACCCGAAUCGUUUGAUCUUCAAGAAUUGGAGCCCAGAAGAAUGGAACUGAAUGAAUAUCCAACGGAAAUGCUGAAUGAAGCUGACGGGAAAAAGUAUCGUGCCAAAGUGAAACGCAUCCUUCCGUAUUUGGCAUUGAAUGAAGUGUUCAUCGGUGAAACACAAUCAGCGCGUGUUUCACAUUUACAUUUACAAAUCGAUGAUCAAAAUAUACUCAACAAAACCAAGAGUUCGGGUCUAUGCGUUAGUACGGGAACCGGAUCAUCAUCGUGGUUGACAAGUAUUAAUAGACUGUCAAAGGAAAAUGUUCGAGAGCUUUUAGACUUGAUCAAACAGAAUGGCAUAAAUACACAUCUAAACGCCGAAGAUAUCGCUGAUAAAUACAAUGCACGAAUCAUGUUCCCACCAGAUGAUCCAAGACUGUGCUAUGCAAUUCGAGAGCAAAUUUGCGUUGGCGUUUGGCCGAAACCGAAAGGAUUCGAAUCAAAGGGAUAUGCUAAAAAUUUACUAAUCAAAUCUCGAUGCAUUGAUGCAAGUUUGGUAAUUGAUGGCAGCAUAGCGUAUCCGUUUAAUGAUGGUGCCAAAGUACUGCUAGAAAUCCAUCCAGAAGAUGCGUUGCAAACAGUUGUCAUGACUGACGAACGGUGAUACUCCAUUGGGGAUAUAGUGACUAUGUGGACACACACACACACACACACAGAGAGAGAGAGAGAGAGAGAGAGCUAUUGAACCAAACGAACGAAUAUAUUUUAAUUCAUUUGAAUAUUUGAUAUGAAACAAAAAAUAACAACUAGCAUUUAAGCACAGACGAUGUUAUCGAUCAGAACAAAUUUUGAGGAGGCAACGAAUAAAAUGGGCGCGUACAAACAUUGCUGCGGUCAUUUUUCGUUUUGUGCAAAGUGCAAAAUCUAAGCAACAAUUAGGAAUUUUAUUUAAUAUUGUUUUAUUAUACAUCAAUAAAAUCAAAAUUUUACAACGUAAUUUUAAAUAUUCCUAAUUCAAA